AUGUUCCUGCGGAGCGGCUGCCGCCGCCUGCCGCUGCCCCCGGCGCCUCGCCCCGGGCACCGCCGGGCGGGCAGCGAGGUCGGGGCGGCGGCAGCGCCGCGCUACGAGGUGGUGGUGAUCGGCGGGGGCCAUGCGGGCACGGAGGCGGCGGCGGCGGCCGCUCGCGGCGGGGCCUGCACGCUGCUGCUCACGCACAGGAUCGGCACCAUCGGGGAAAUGUCCUGCAACCCGUCCUUCGGCGGCAUCGGGAAGGGGCACCUCAUGCGGGAGGUGGACGCCCUGGACGGGCUGUGCGGCCGCCUGUGCGAUCGCUCCGGCGUUCACUACAAGGUGCUGAACCGCUGCAAGGGCCCGGCCGUGUGGGGCCUCCGCGCGCAGAUCGACCGCGGCCUCUACAAGGAGAACAUGCAGAAAGAAAUCCUUAACACACCACUGUUGACAGUUCGUGAGGCAUCCGUGGAGGAUCUUCUUUUGACAGAGGCAGAGCCAGGCCGUCCUGGGAAAUGCCAAGUCGCAGGAGUUGUUCUGGGAGAUGGGAGCACAGUACAUGCUGGGAGUGUUAUCCUGACCACUGGCACGUUUCUGAGGGGGAUGAUCCACAUCGGCCUGGAGAUGCACCCGGCGGGGCGGCUGGGGGACCAGCCAGCCAUCGGGCUGGCUCACACUCUGGAGAAGCUGGGAUUUGCUGUGGGCAGGCUGAAGACUGGGACACCACCCCGACUUGCCAAGGAUACGAUUGACUUCAGUGGUCUGGAGGAACGUGCAGCUGACAACCCUCCAGUGCCAUUCAGCUUCCUCAGCGAGGCUGUGUGGAUCAAGCCCGAAGAUCAGCUGUCUUGUUACCUGACUCGUACGAACCUCAAGGCCCAGCAAAUUAUCCGCGAUAACCUCCACGUGAACAACCACGUCAGGGAGACAACCAGGGGCCCACGGUACUGUCCCUCUCUGGAAUCAAAGGUUCUGCGCUUCCCAGACCGAGAACAUCAGGUGUGGCUGGAGCCCGAAGGCUUGGAUUCCAACAUCAUUUACCCCCAAGGCAUGUCCAUGACGCUGCCACCUGAGCUCCAGGAGCAGGUGAUCAAAUCCGUCCCAGGCUUGGAAAAAGCCAAGAUGUUACAGCCAGGCUAUGGGGUGCAGUAUGACUUUUUAGACCCCCGACAACUGACUGCUUCUCUCGAGUCGCGUCUUGUUCAGCGCCUCUUCUUUGCAGGCCAGAUAAAUGGCACGACAGGCUAUGAAGAAGCUGCAGCUCAGGGUGUGAUUGCUGGGAUCAAUGCUUGCCUGCGGGUUCAGGGCAAGCCCCCGUUCACCGUCAGUCGCACCGAGGGCUACGUGGGAGUGCUGAUUGAUGACCUCACCACGCUGGGCACCAGCGAGCCCUACCGGAUGUUCACCAGCCGCGUGGAGUUCCGCAUGGCCCUGAGGCCGGACAACGCGGACGCCAGGCUCACUCACAGAGGGUUUGAAGAAGCUGGGUGCGUAUCGCAGCGGCGAUAUGAACAAGCAGUAAAGAUGAGAGCUGCGUUAGAGGAUGGCAUCGCAACACUAAAAUCACUUCAGCUCAGCAUAUCCAAAUGGUCCCAGUUACUACCAGGAAUUCCCAUAAGUAGCAAUCGCAGGUCACCUGUCAGUGCCUUUGAAGUCCUUCAGUAUCAAGAUGCCAAUAUGGAGAUUCUGGCAAAGGCUAUCCCAGAGCCCCUGGGCAAGCUUGCUCAAUGGAGGGAGCUGGCAGAGAGAUUGAAAAUAGAAGCUGCUUACGAGUGGUGUGUAGUCAAUCAGCAGCAGGAGAUGGAAGAGGUGCGUCGUGAUGAGGCGCUGCAGCUGCCACAUGACCUGGAUUACUUUGCCAUUGAUGCCUCGCUCUCCGCAGAGGUGCGGGAGAAGCUGGAUGCAAACCGGCCCCAGACGAUUGGUGCAGUCAGCCGUAUCCCUGGAAUCACACCAGCUGCUAUUGUUAACCUGCUAAGAUUUGUGAGAACCAAUCACCAGAAGACAGAGAAGCUAAAAGCUGUGCCUCGGUCUGGGGAGUGCUUCCCAGGGAAAAUGUACUCAGGCAAAGCAACUUCACAAAGACAGAUUUCAGCAGAGUUUUCUGAAAAGGAGACAAAGUUUGUUAAAACACCUUUGUAGAGAAUGUACUGAUCCUGCCAGACUUGGUGGCAAGAUCCCCUGUGCUCCUGAGCCUCCUCCCAGAUAACACCCGUGCUGGUUGGAUCCAAAGUAGUUGAAGUUGGGUUCUGUGGCAGCGUCAUUGCAUAGAACAAGAUGAUGAAUGCACAGAGUAAAUGGUCAGAAACCUAAAUACAGCCUGUGAUUUUGCUGAUGCAAAUGGAGAGACAGGAGAACUUCUUUUGAAAUUGCACUCAUUUGGAAGACUUCAGAUAGUCAAAAUCCGCAUCUUGUAAAGGACAGUGCUUAGUUCUUCUGAAAUGAGUAAGAAAUGUUACCAUGCAAAGCCCAUGCAGCACAAGAGAAUUGGAGCUGAAAAGUGUGUUCCAUUGAGUUCAGAACUUGUGUUCAUAGCUGUGCAGUGACUAUGCACAGCGUGGUGUCUCACUGUGGUGUCAGCCAGUAGGGGACACUUGGUUAUGGAAGUGCGUGCCACACAAAUAUUUAAAUUUAUGUAGGAGACUGAAUGUAAGCACAUCCUGCAGAUGUUUUUCUCCUUUAAAAUAAAUAAGGCUUAUCUUGAAACUUGCUGAAGAACUUGGUUAUCACUUAGCUUUCAGCAGGGCCACACCAGUUCCCUGGAUCACAGUUGCCACACGUAAGGUGGGCUGAGAUUCACUACAGAGCUGGGGGAGGCAGCUGGACAAGGCUGGGUGCUUGUAGGAGGGUGGGAGACAUGGGAACCUGCCCCAUGGACUGCCUGGGCACUGUGAAGCUCUGUCUGAUAUGCUGUGGGCUGGGGGAGUGGGAUUCUCAUCAGCACUGGUCCUGCAACUGACAGGAAUAUAACUUAGAUUUGAGUGAGAUCCAAGCCAAUUAGAUCAGCUGGGCAGUUGAUUACUUACCAGCGAGACACAUGGAAUUCAAGCUGUUGCUGUGCAUCUACCAAAUCCUUGCUUGACUCAGGCAGCAGUUUCUGGUGCUGGUCUCAUUUCCAAAUGUCCUCUGGCUUCAGAACACAUUUUGAUACAGUAAAAUCAGAGAAUCUUAAAGGUUGGGAAAGACCUGUAAGGUCAUUGCGUUCAACCAUGACCCAAAUAUAUAUAUAUCUGUAAUUUUGAAAAUAUGAUUCUGGAAAUUUCUCUGGCAUAUUUGCUCUGGAUGAGGCUUGCUCUCCUGUCUAGAGAAAGGAGUCAGAGUAAAUUCCUUUUGUUGACAGAGACUCUGUCAUGCAGCAGGAGGAUGAGCGGAGUUUGCAGUUUGUUUGGGACAUUACCCCACCUGCCUGAAAGCACUUCCCUGUCACCAUCCACUGCCUUGCGUGGAAGAGUGAUCUGUAGGUCAGUUCAUGUCAGAAUGGCUCAGAAAGGUGAACAUCUAUCUGCUCCUUUGUAUCUGUGGCCCGCUUUCCUUCCAUCCUUGUUGGCUCAAAGAUUGCUUCUUGCAAGACUUAAGUUCAGCAUAAGAAAGGCAGUUAUGCUUUCUGUGGUGUAACUCAGGCUCCAGGUAUGGUGCUCAUGGAAUUCCAGCUAUGUGAAUCCAAAGAAACCCUCGAUCUUCACUUUUAAUCCAAUUAUGCAGUUUCAAAACUGCAUUUCCUCGUUCUUGUCAGCAGUCAUUUGACAGGAGUAUUUCGCUUUCAAUAAUGUGUGUCUUUAAAGGCAAGCACCUUGCACCUUGCUACUCAGCUUUGUGUGCUAAAUUCUUCUGUGCUUCUGGUCUCACACAUGCAGCAUUCCACUGAGCUGGGCUGCACCAGUGUCAAAGGAAGAGCAGAAGGAGGGGAGUUUUCUCAUGUUUAACAAUUUCAUUAUGCACAGCUGUGGUCUAAGGAGGGGGAAGGAGUUGGGUUCAGGGGGAAUUGAAGUCGUAAGUGCAUUGCUUCCCAGCAGAUCUUUUGUAGCAACUGCGCUUUCUGUUUCAGUGUGAAGUGGGUCUUUGGCCACUGGUGAGUUCCCUUGUUAAGACAAGGUGUCCUCUGUUCACAUAUGUAGGUUAAUGAUGUCUGUAUUUGCUGAAAAGGAAAACCUGGCUUGUGCACAAGUUUGAGGACUGGCUGUCCCUCAGGUAUUGGUUUCAUGCAUACAGAGUUUGCUACAAUAUUUUGUGCUUGCUGAACAGUUCUUGUUUGAGAAGGCUUUUAACAUGAAAAGAAAUUGCUGCAAGUAGUUCUAUUCAUUUUGGUAAGAAAACCAAGCACAGAAAGGCUAAAUAAUCUGCUCAAGUAGCAUGGGCUUGAUAGGAGGGACACCUUGUGCCAUCUGGUUUCUAACCACUGGGCAUUUAUUACAAGGCCCAAGUGUCGGAACCCAAGGUGUCCCUCAGACACUCUUGGAUGUUCUGGGCCCAGGGCAGAAGCCUCUGAGACCCUGGCAGGCGGCCAGGGACCCCUGUGGUCUUGAGCUUGACCCAUGGAACAAUUUACCAACCUUGCAGGAAGAACAAGAAAUCACAAAAGUUUAGAUAUUAUAAUAGAAGUAGUCACAAAGUGAAAGGUAGGAUUUUUGAGUGCUGUACAGGGGGGUUUUAGGCCUUGUACAGGGGGGUCUGAGUUUUGUACACGGGGGUCAGAGGUUCUAAGAUGGAGGGAUUUGGGCGUGCCCUGUCCUCCUUCUUUCUUCUUCCUAUUCUCCAUGUUCUUGGUGGUGUUGGCACUCACAGAUUGGUUUAGAGUAGAAAGUCACUGUUCAACAUAGGUAGUAGGCAUUGGGAAAAAACUAUAAACACCUAAUACGUAAUGUGUGAUAUAAAAGAUGGCACCAGCCCCUCGGGGAGGAGAGACGGGGACAGCCAGAGACGGGGACAGACAGAGUCAGGGACAAUGUCAGGGAGUCUGUGUGCCUUGAGAUAAUAUGCAAUAAACUGCCUUGAGACCGGA